UACCCCGAUUCCGGGGGAUGAGGUGAGGCAGGAGCUUCGCAUAGCCAAACACAACUAUGCUAUGGAUGAGUACUCCCGGGGGUAUGCUGAAGUGGAGGCCCUUAGGAGGAUUCUGCGAGCCGAGGUUGAGGCGAGCAUCAACCAUCCGGAAUACCAGGAUCCGUGGGACCUUAAUCUGGACCCCUUAUCGGACUGGUUCCGUCGCUUCCUAGGGCCUACCUUGGCUCCUUUUGCCGCGGAGAUGACCGGCGAGUUCGCUUCUCAGCUCACACGUUGCGCGCCCAAGCGGUUUGCCACUUGCGCUUCCCUGAACUCCAUCUUCCAGGUCCAGGACCUCAGCCAUUCUCUCACGGUGCUUGCUGCUGAGGCUGGCCGCCUCUCCAAGAACAUCAUAAACCAUGGCUUCACUCUGUCCGACUUUGGGGACAUGAAUGACGUCAGGAAGGUCCUCCAGGACCUCACAGCGGAGAGGCAGAUCUACCAAGAGGCUGCCGAGCACCAGGAGGUCGGGAUGUUUGUCUCUUUACGGGAGUUUGUGGAUAAUCUCGAACGGAGAUGUUUAUUUGAUUUUGCUGAUGUGAAUUUUCCUCAGGGAAUUCUUUGUAUUGCUCUGAACAGCGGUGUUGAUGAUCUCUUGAUUUCUGUUGAUCUCUGA